AUGCUAAAAGUUGCCCUUGGCGGUGUCACAAAUGGUGGGAAAACAUCGGUGUGUCGCAAGUUAAAUGAAGAUUUAUCCAAGAUAUAUAGCGUAAAAUCGAUUCAUCUUGAUGAAUAUUUUCGUGAUGAAUCAGAUCCAAACCAUAUUCGUCUAAAAGAAUUCAAUCAUCAUGAUUGGGAGAGUGCAAAUUCUUUACAUAUCGACAAAUUUGUUGAAGAUAUUCAAAAAAUAAUAAAGUCAUCAUCUUGUGAUAUAUUUUUAAUAGAAGGUUUUCUUAUUUUCAAUAUUGAAGAAUUAAAAAAUAUUUAUGAUAAAGAGUAUGUGAAAGCGAAAGAGCAAGCAUUUUUAUUACAUCAAAAUUUAAUCUGUGUUGAUGGCUCGCAACCAUUUCAAGACACAUAUAAUAAAAUUUUAGCUGAAAUUAACGACGCACUAGCCAAAAAUAAAACAUGA